UUCUGUGAAAGCAGUCCCGUUUACGACGUGUGAAGUAGAGAGAGACCACAUAAAACACCCCUCCUGCUUCUGUACACUGAUACGUCUCCUGAGUCUUUCCAUCACACAUCCACACACACAAUUUGCAGCACAAUUUAUUUAUUUUCUAUUUAUCAGCAGUUCGCUGUUCACCCCACACACCCAUCUUGUCUCGGUGUUUUCACCCGAGCUUGAUUAGAUUUGAACAGGGAAGUCUCCUCCGUCCUUCUCCGUAUGAGCUGGCAAUGGACCUUAUUUGAACCCUCCACUUCACAAAAUUUCUAGAAUGCUUUGCUCCGCCUCUGCAUUACACGUUUCUCUUCUCGCGCCCAACUCCAGCUGCCACAUAUACUUCUCUAUUUCAUGAUGGCUCGCCACUUACUGGAGCUACUCAAGGAAGAUCAAGAACCGUUCCUUUUGAACGAGUACAUUUCUGAUAGACGGACCCAGCUGAUGAAAAGGCCUUCCUCCAGCACUACUCUGCAACUCCGGAAACCAAAACCAGUUCAUCAUCAUAACUCAAACUUCCCUUCUAAUUUAUGUAAAAACGCUUGCUUUUCCUCCUUUCGCAAGACCCCUGAUCUCUUAAACUCGCCAUUCUUGGAAUUCGCUUCUCCGGCCAAGAGCCCCUGUAAGUCCCCCAAUGCCAUCUUCCUCCAUAUCCCUUCUCGAACAGCCGCUCUCCUUUUCGAAGCUGCUCUCCGAAUUCAGAAGCAGUCCUCGUCUUCUAAAUCUAAGACCAGCAUCAAGACCAAUGGCUUUGGUUUAUUGAGGUCAUUAUUCAAGAGACUAACGUCGAGAAAUCGGAAGAGGGAAAUACAGGGUGGUGGUGGUGACAGAAGCAAGCAAAAUCAAGAACAAAUGGUAUCUACUGAUGAGGUGGGCUUUCCAGGCUCUUACAAUGGACGUCCUAGCAGUGCUGUAUGGUCCGAGACUAAUGAGGAUAAAUCUAUGGACAUGGAAACGUCCAGCAGUACCAGCUACUCCGAUGAAUCCCACGAGAUUGACCUUGUAUCAAAAUCCAACCAGAAACACGUUACACAUUGUGUUUGCUGUGAUCACGGCUUCUGCGAAAGCCCUUUUCGCUUUGUAUUACGGAGCAGCCCUUCUUCUGGCCACCAGACGCCGGAAUUAAAGUCACCGCAUCGCCACAGAACAGAGGACAAAGAAAAGGGAGCAGAGAGUGUUAAGGAAUCAGAAUUAAGGACGGAAGAGGAAGAGAAGGAGCAGUGUAGCCCGGUCUGUGUUUUAGAUCCACCCUUCGAGAAUGGCGACGAGGGGCAUGAAAACAACGAUGAGGAUGACGAUUUUGAUUCGGAGUGCAGCUAUGCCAUUUUACAGAGAGCGAAGCAGCAACUGUUGCACAAGCUUCGUAGUUUUGAGAAGCUUGCAGAACUGGAUCCAACUGAACUUGAGAAAAGAAUGUUAGAACAAGAAGAUGAGGACAAUGAGACAUCAGAUGAAGAAAAUGGCUUUAAUAGGUUAGUCUCAGAAGUCACCUGCCAAACCAGCUUCCAUGAGAGACUGCAGAUCCGAGAAGACCACAAGAGACUGAUUUCAGAUCUCAUUAUCAAGGAAGAAAGAGAACUUAAUUCCUCAGAGGAGAGGGAAAUGUUGAUAAGAAGGGUUCGCAAGAGGCUGGAAUUGUGGAAAGAAGUGGAACCUAAAACAAUUGAUAUGAUGAUAGAUGAAGACUUUUGUAGAGAAGAUGAUCGAUGGAAGAAAAUGGAGGAGCACAAAAAGGAGGUGGCAGGGGAGCUCGAGCUUGCUAUUUUUAGGAAUCUCGUGGAAGAAUUUUCAGAGGAGCUAGUAUGUUAAAAUGGGUAAAAUUUGAAGAAUUUGGAGAACUUAAAGCUAGGUAUGACAUUUAUUCUUUUAGUUAGAAGAGUACAGUACAGUCUGGCUGACACUGCAAUGACUUAGGCUAGUUAGAGAUCCAACAAGUUAGUUUGGGUUGCAUAUUGGCAUGUACAUGACUCGUGUGUGUAGCUGUCGAUGGAUGCUGCAAGCUAAGUCUUCCAACUUAAUUGAAUAUGAUUUCAUAAUUAUCGAUGUCUUUAGGUUUUCAUGUCUUAAUGUUCUCUUUUUACAUUGGAUUUAUUUUGUUCUGUAUUUUAAUCAAACGAGGAAAUGGACCUAAUCAUUAUGGGAUUCCCUCAUCAGUGAAGACUUUUGUGGACCGAUGCAUUUAGAUUCUUAA